CCCCCGCGGGACUCGCACCCGGCCCCCGCAGGACUCGCACCCGGCCCCCGGAGGCCCCGCUGCUCCAUGGAGCCGCCCUCCUCCCCCGCGCAGGCCGGAGAGGCCCCGGUGCUGCUGGCGGAGCUGAAGCCGGGCCGACCGCACCGGCUGGACUGGAAGUCGAGCUGCGAGACGUGGAGCGUGGCCUUCUCCCCCGACGCCGCCUGGUUCGCCUGGUCUCAGGGUCACUGCCUCGUCAAGCUCAUCCCGUGGCCCCUCGACGAGCCCUUUUUCGGCACCCCCAGGAGCUUCGAAGCCAAGAGCCGGAAAGCGGAGGGCAGAGAGCGAGGCGGCCCCAAGGAGAAGACGCUGGAUUGCGGGCAGAUGGUGUGGGGCCUGGCCUUCAGCCCCUGGCCCGCCGCGCCCGGCAGGAAGCCGUGGACCCGCCGCCCCGCGGCGUCCGGGGCUCCCGGCCCGCUCCUGGCCACGGGCCUCAGCGACGGCCACAUCAAGGUCUGGGAGGUGCACGCAGGACGGCUCCUCCACAACCUGUCGGGACACCAGGACGUGGUGCGAGACCUCAGCUUCGCGCCCAACGGGAGCCUGAUCCUGGUGUCGGCCUCCCGCGAUAAGACCCUGCGCAUCUGGGACCUCGACCGAGAGGGGAAGCAGAUACAGGUAUUGCUCGGCCACCUGCAGUGGGUGUAUUGCUGCUCCGUCUCCCCCGACUGCAGCAUGCUGUGUUCGGCUGCCGGGGAGAAGUCGGCCCUGCUGUGGAGCAUGCGGUCCUACACGCUCAUCCGGAGGCUGGAGGGCCACCGCAGCAGCGUCGUCUCCUGCGACUUCUCCCCCGACUCCGCCCUGCUCGUCACCGCCUCCUACGACACCGACGUCAUCAUGUGGGACCCCUACACCGGAGAGAGGCUGCGGACCCUCAGCCACGUGGCCGCCCGCCCUGUGGCGGACGUGGGCGGCGAGGUCCACGCCGGCUCCCUGAGGUCCGUGUGCUUCUCCCCCGAAGGCUUGUAUCUCGCCACGGUGGCGGACGACAGAUUUCUCCGGAUCUGGGCCCUGGAGCGGAGGGAUCCGAUUGCGUUCGCUCCCAUGACCAACGGCCUGUGCUGCACGUUCUUUCCCCACGGAGGGAUCGUCGCCACCGGGACGAGAGACGGCCACGUCCAGUUCUGGACGGCGCCCAGGGCCCUGUCCUCCCUGAAGCACCUGUGCCGCAGAGCCAUCCGCCGCUUCCUCACCACCUACCAGGUCCUGGCGCUGCCGAUCCCCAAGAAGAUGAAAGAAUUCCUCACCUAUCGGACCUUCUAGCCCCGACCCCGGCGGCCGGAGCCUCCGGCGGAAUUCCCGGGAGGACGCCCGCCCCGCCACGGAGCGGGGAGACCGAGGGGACGGCCGUCCGGGGCCCCGGUCGCCGUUCGACAUCGUCCCCCGCCCCGGGAAACCGUGUCCCCGGCCGCUUCUUCCCUCGAGGGUCGUCCCGACGCGGGGCGGCCACGGGUCGUCCGUUCGGAAGAGGAACCGGGGCCGCCGAGAAGCUCCCCGGCGCGGCGGAGAGGCGGCGGCCUCGGGGAGAUCCAACUCCCCGGCCCGAUCCACGGCCCCGGUCGGACCGGAUGGAAACGCGGCGACGGUUCCCCGCUCUGAAUCACUCUCCCGCGGUCGGGGCCGGACGGCCGCUUGGACGAGGGGACUCUAAUUUAUAGAUCUCUCUGACGUCUCCCCCUCCUCCCCCUGUGUAAAAACGGGGGCGGCGGGGCGGUGCGACCACCUGACGGAAAUAAGCUCGGCUUGAACUGGAUCCUCGGGGCGCGGGGGUCUUCAGAAAGGGGGCCGGAGAAGGGUGACGACACUGGGCUUUUAAACGGUGGAUGUUAUGUUUGUGAAAACACGGGAAGGACGUCUUCCAAAUGGCACGACCGUCCCUCCGAUGUGGCUACGGAACCUGUGCGGUGGAUUGCUGUGAAUUAGCGAAAUAUUUAUUUGUGCUCCCUAAAUGGAUGUUAAGGUCCGAUCGUGGCUUCUCGGUGGGCAUUGAAAACCACAAGAUUUAGCCAGG